AUGUGUCAACUCUGCGUCCUCAACACCAUAUCACAAAACUCGCGCUGGCCUAAACCGCUGGAACCAUUGAUCUCUGACUUGCACUUUCUCGUCACCACCGCACACUCUGAGUUCGCCUGCUACAACCCCUCUACAACUCCAGACACAAAGGACAACUCCCACUCAAGCGCNAUCAAUCACAUCUACCACCAUCACAAUCACAUCUACUCCAGCAAAAACACAAAAACCUCUCUCCUCACCACCCUCCGCGACAUCAAAACCCUGCUCGAAGUCCUAGAAGAAGAGAGAGUCACUUGGUGGGACAACAAAGCCAAAGAAAGAAAGUUCUGGAGAGAAACGUAUCAAGAAGACAAGAUUACAAAAAUCAAUGUUGUCAACAACAAGACGGUUGAGAUGAUCGAGGGUCUCAAGGCUAGAUUGGGAACUUUCUGUCGUUGGAGUUUGGGGUUGGAGGAUGGAGUUGAGGGACUUGAUGGUGUUGAGAAGGAGGGCGGUGGUGUCAAGGCGGAAGGUGAGGAUGUCAAGAUGGAAGGCUGA